UAGACAAGGCCAUUAGGACUCAGUGGAUUAUAGUAAUCCAGUGAAUUCACCAGUGGGAUUUUGCAGCACUCGAACGCAAGGCAAGAUGGAAUACGGAGCUGUGAAAGUUUUCUUCCUCACCCUGUUGCUGAUUAGUGAAGUUCCUAUAAGAUCUCAAUCCCAGCAGGGGAUCGAAGACAAUGAAAGCUGGACGACGAAAGCUUGCAAAUGCGACUGUGAUGCAGAAGAGUCCACCACCGAGACGACGACUUCCAUCGUAUCUGGCUCAGUAUGGAUCCAAGAAAUGCACUGCAUGCCAGAAUGCCCAUAUCACAGACCCCUGGGCUUUGAGGCUGGAUCAGUCACUUCUGACCAAAUCAGCUGCUCUAAUCAGGAUCAGUACACCGGUUGGUUCUCCUCAUGGAUUCCCAACAAGGCCAGGCUUAACAACCAGGGGUUUGGAUGCUCCUGGUUGUCAAAGUACCAGGACACCAACCAGUGGCUGCAGAUUGACCUGAAGGAGGUGAAAGUGGUGUCUGGGAUCAUUACCCAAGGGCGCUGCGAUGCGGAUGAGUGGAUCACCAAGUACAGCGUGCAGUACCGUAUCAAUGAGAACCUUAACUGGAUCUACUACAAAGAUCAGACAGGGAACAACAGGGUGUUUUAUGGUAAUUCUGAUCGCUCCUCUUCAGUCCAGAACCUGCUGCGUCCUCCUAUUGUGACACGCUACCUCCGAAUCAUCCCUCUGGGCUGGCACACACGCAUCGCUAUCCGCAUGGAGCUUCUGCUCUGCAUGAAGAAGUGCACCUAAAGGGACAUACUGACCCAUUUUAUACCACCACAAGUGGCACUCUGGCUCUUUAGUCUGUUUCUUUACGUCUGUAGAUGUGUGUUAAACCUACUGCAUCAUCAUGCUUUGUGUAUUAUUAUUGUUCGGGUAAAAAAACUAUGUAUCUAAUUAGAAAGGGUGAGAGAUUUGUGGUAUUGUCAUAAUAUCUGUAUAUGUUUAUGUGUGUGAUUUAUCCUUUUGUUUGUGAUAUAGAGCAAGACUGUCAUCCUAUAGGUCAAAUAUCUUGGAAGGAACCUCUUUAGCCUCUAAAAAAACCUAUUAGAUCAAUUAUACUCCGGUUUACUUUAGAUAGCACUAAAGAAGGAACCAAGCCAGCAAUGCAGUUUAUUUGUUUUUCAUUGUCUGAAGAGAUGUGUGAACACAUUAAAUAUGUUUACUGUAUAAUGAAAUGUUUGUUAGGUGUGAUUAGUGGUGUAUUUGGUGGUUUGAAGUAUUAGCAUGAAGUAUUAGCAACCUUCUAUCUCAUUCCAAAAAGCAUGUGGAGGUAAGUUGCUACAUUAAGCUGUUUCCUUUGCUAAUGCUAGGUUAGGCUAGCCUCAAUUCCAGAAGUUUCCACUAGCCAAAAUAGGCUAAUAUGAGGAGGGCAAGGAUGGAUUCCUCACUCAAACAUUUGGGAGGACUUUGUCUUAUAGAGUGGUGCUUCAUUAUAUUAUUAUAUAAAGCUUUUCAGCUUUUUCCACAUGAACAACACAAGUCAACACAAACAGCAGAACACUUGUGUAGCUCUACUGCUCCAUGAAACGUCUGAUUCACAGCAACACACCUUAACCUACAUGUUCUCCAUGACUCCUCCCUUGCCUGGCAACCGUCACUUGGCCACGCCCUCUCUGUCACAGUCACCAUGUGGAAC